GUUUUGUCGGUGAACCGGCCUUUAAGGCCUGGCCUUCAAGCCACUGAGCAUCUUGGGAGUUGGAGUCCAACCUUGGGGUUGGGAAAGGCUGGUCCAACAGCCUUUUUAUGUACGAGAAGCAUAAAACCCUCCUCUCCACAGGAAGAAGAGCUGAAGAAGGCCAAGGAGGAGGAGGAGCGGCGGGAAUACGAGGAAUACCUCAAGCUGAAGGAGAGCUUUGUGGUGGAAGAAGAAGGCGUAGAUGAAACCCUGACGGAGGAGCAGUCACAAAGUUUUGUAUCUGAGCUUCUCAAUUACAUUAAGAAUUCCAAAGUGGUCCUUUUGGAAGACCUGGCUUCUCACCUGGGACUCAGGACGCAGGAUGCCAUCAACAGAGUGCAAGACCUGAUGGCAGACGGCACGCUCACAGGGGUGAUCGACGACCGGGGCAAAUUCAUCUACAUCACCCCUGAAGAGUUGAUGGCCGUGGCCGAAUUCAUCCGCCGUCGAGGCCGCGUCUCGAUUACGGAGCUGGCUCAAGAAAGCAACUCUCUCAUCAACCUGGAGGCGGAGGCCGGCUUUCUUAGCAAAGGGGUGGCCUGAGCAGCCCCCACCCUCUCUUCUUGGGGGGGGGGACAAAUAAAAUCAAGUCUUAUUUUUUGGCAGGGGGGGGCUUUUGGAUCACUAAAUCCUAUCCAAAAUAUAUUGAUAUAAAGACGUCCCUUGUCGUGCAUUAAGAAUACCUCUAGGCGAAUCCUUUUGCAAGGCUUUCUCCUGGGGAAUUAUUUGCUGUUCCUGGAAGGUCGCGACAUGUGUUUGAACGUUUAGAAUGGAGAAUGUGCAGGCCUUUCCCCUGUUAUUUCUUCCUGUACUACAACUCCCAUGCUCCCGGUCCGCCCAGGCAGGCAGACAAGCUGUAAGUUCUGACGAAAAGAAAUACGUUUUCCGUUUCAGCUUCCUUUAUAAAUCUCAGUCCCAGAGGUUCAAAAUCAAGCCAUUGCAAAUGGCUUUGGAACGACUGCAGUUUCCUUAUUAUUGUUAUUUUUUCCCCAAAUUUAUAGGGGUAUUUCCUCCCCCCCCCCAUGAGGAUAAUGGGGUUAGGAUGAUGACUUAGUUUAUGUGUGGGUCUCCGUUAUGGAUACGGGAGCAAAGAUGCUGGAUAUUUCAAGAUUGGACUUUCUCCUAAACUGUGAAUGAAUGUUGAAUAUGUGGCGAAAAAUACACUCUC